CAUGGUCCGCUGGGACUUCUUGUUUGUAUGCAGGGUGAAAUGAACUCUGGGAAACGAGUGCGUAAACAGCCAGACUUCAUUCCCAUUAGAGUUCCUUGUGCAGGGGCGUGUGAGCAUCACUGUUGCUAGGUAACGAUGAGUGUACCUGUACUUAUCUGACUCACUGCUGCACGUAGGAUCGUAAACCAGCCACAGGUUGUGACUUGGUGUUUAGGUUUUAUUCUGUAGAACUUGAAAUAUCUCUGAGCGACGGACGUUAUCGAUUGACCUUUCUCUACCUUUGGACUUACAAACAGAGCGGGAGCCGUUCUCUGUGUGUUGGAGCAACAUGUCUGCUCGUGUGCUCGCCAGAGAUGCAAAAUAAAAGCUGCUAAAUUGUAGAUUCAUCAAUGAGCACAAAAGGACAGUGAGAUGAUCUUUCACGGAACAAAGGAGUGACGCAAUGGCGCUCGGGCACGGCUCCAAGAAAUCUGUUUCAUGCGAGGCGGGGGUCAGUCCUGCUUCUCUGAACACUGGGGCAGAAGCUGUUGGUCAAGCUUUGGCUCUCCCCACCAGGAACUGUCGCCUCUGUCAGUGUCUCCUGGCCUUCAUCAUCGUCAUCCUCGCAGCAGCAGGAGCAACACUGGCCUGGUACUUCUUGUAUUAUAGGGUUUGGGUGUUGGAGCCUCGUGUGCAGCAGCAGUACACAGCCUACCUGUCCAUUCUCAACAGGAACUUCUCUGAUGAUCUGUCCUCUCACAACAGCCCUGCAUUCAAGAAAGAGGCGAAGGGAGUACAGAGCAUGGUGAAGAAGAUAAUGAAGGGCUCCAGUCUUUCUCAAUACUUCAACUACACCACUGUGUUCGCCUUCGGCGACGGGAGUGUUGUGACUCACUUCUGGAUACUGAUGUCAGUGCCAGGCAGCCAUGUUGGGAUGGUCACACUGGAGAAGGUCACCACGAGCCUGGAGGAGGGUCUGAGGGGGGGCAGAGGGUCAGGGGGGGGGGAGACGGCCAGCUUCAGUGGAUACCUCGUCCACCUCUCCUCGCUGUCUGUCAGUGAAACCGACUCCAAAGUUAUAGAGCUUUUGAAAGCCUCGUUUGACUGUUACCGCUACCAGAAGGUGGUGUCAAGCAGCCCCUUGGCCCUUCGUGGCCCCGACACGCAGCGCUCCUCCUGCAUGUGGCACCUCCAGGCCGCCCCUGGCUCCCAGUUGGAGCUCCACAUGGAGUGGCUGCUGCCAGAGUGCCGGGACAGACUGGUGGUGUACAACUCCCUCACACCCUCCGAUUCUCACCUCAUCACAUCUGUGUACGGCUGCAGCAGACAUGAGCGUGUGGUGCGAGUCCUGUCUUCAGGCGAGUGGAUGACGGUGAUUUGGAAACAGGGUCUGUACAACUACAAGGACCCGUUCUCCCUGUCUGCACAGGCCUGGGGCCGCCAGAACUGCAGCUCCACGAUAGAGCUGAAUUCAGUUUCAGGGGUCCAGGAGACCCUGAGGACACCUUUCUUCCCCAGCUACUACCCCCCCGACACCAACUGUACCUGGAGCUUUACUAUGCCGAGUGUAGGGAUGGGCUUGUCUCUGGAAUUUGAGGGUUACGAGUUGAGCAGAGCCGGCUACAACCAGGCCUGCACCCAGGGACAGUGGAUCAUCCAGAACCGCAGACUGUGUGGCACCAGAGGCCUGCAGCCGUACAUCGAGCGCCUCUUCCUGCUCGCCACGACGACCACUGUUGUCAUGACAUCAGAGGUGUCACUCACAGGGCCGGGACUCCAGCUGCACUACAGAGUCUUCAACCUAUCAGAUCCGUGUCCAAACCAGUUUCUGUGCACCAUUAACGGCCUGUGUGUUCCUGCCUGUGACGGCAUCAAGGACUGUCCCAACGGACUUGACGAGAGAAACUGCGUGUGUGUGGCACAGUUCCAGUGUCCAGAGGACAGUCAGUGUGUGGACUACUACAAGGUGUGUGACCAACUCCCAGACUGCCCUGAAGCAACAGACGAGAUGAACUGUACUGACGGUGUGCAGUGCACAGAUAUGACCUAUGUGUGUGCUGAUGGAACAUGUCUGAAGAAGCCGAACCCGGAGUGUGACUUUGUCAGCGACUGUCCCGACGCCUCCGAUGAGAAGCAGUGUGACUGCGGCCUGAGGCAGUUCUCCAGCCGUAUUGUGGGCGGGACCAAUGCCACAGAGGGGGAGUGGCCAUGGCAGGUCAGCCUCCAGGUGCGGGGCACCCACAUUUGCGGGGGCGCGCUAAUCUCCAGCCAAUGGGUGGUGUCCGCUGCCCACUGUUUCUACGACGACAGUCUGUACUCCCCCUCUGUGUGGACGGUGUACCUGGGUAAACUCCUGCUCAACCCCAGCAGCUCUACUGAAGAAGUGACUCGAGUUCAGCAGAUCCACCUUCACCAAUACUACGACGACGAGACCCACGACUACGACCUGGCCCUGCUGAAGCUGGACCGGCCCGCCUCCACGCUGCUGGCUGGGCACGCUCGACCCGCCUGCCUGCCUCCGCCCACCCACCAGCUGGAGCCGGGCCUGCUCUGCUGGGUCACCGGCUGGGGGACUCUCCGUGAGGGGGGCAGUGCCAGUAAUGUGCUUCAGAAGGUGGACGUCCGCCUGGUCAGCGAGGAAGCCUGUGUUCGCUCUUACGGCCACCUGGUCACUCCCAGAAUGCUUUGCGCUGGUUACCGCAGUGGAGACAAAGAUGCCUGUCAGGGAGACUCUGGCGGCCCCUUGGUCUGCCAGGAGCCGUCGGGUCGCUGGUUCCUGGCCGGGGUGGUGAGCUGGGGCAAAGGCUGCGGACGUCCAGACUACUACGGCGUCUACACUCGCGUCACGAGGCUCGCCGACUGGAUCAAGCAGGUCAUCAGCAGCCGCUGACACAUCAAUAUAUAUCCAUAUCCUCAGAGCCCAAAGCUGUGAAAACAGUUAGUACGUGAGGAGAAACAGCUGGGAGAUGCUUUCAGAUUGUUUCUCAGCCAAGAUAAUGGCCAAUAAUAAUCAACCUUAUUUAUGCAGCACGUUGCACAACUGAUAUUGUUGAGUGUUUAUCCAGCAGGUCAGAAGAAACAUGACAACAUCGUGAAAAUAAAGUCAUGAAAUAAAUAGAAUGGUCAUGUAAUAUAUAUUUUCUAGAAGUGAUUAAGAAAAGCUCAGUUUCAGAAGUGAUUGUAAUGAUUGUUGAAUCGACUGUAAAAGAUCUUGAUUAAACAUUUACUCUCUUACAGAC